GACUACUCCCUCAGUCAUGGCGCACAGCCUUUCAGAUUUCAUGGACUGAUGGAGGAGAUGCACUGUUCUUGGACGACCUGCUUGCUCUACAGGGGCAGCUGACACUUAAACAAUUCUGCCUUAAGACUAUCCGCACCAUCCGUGCCGCUGCCGCCAUGGGCUUGAAGCUCUACCUCGACCUCCUGUCGCAACCCUGCCGCGCCGUCUACAUCUUCGCCAAGAAGAACGGCAUCCCCUUCCAAUUGCACACCGUGGAUUUACUCAAAGGGCAACACGUGAGCGAGCAAUUCUUGCAGUUGAACUGCCAGCGGAAAGUUCCUGUACUCAAAGACGGAAAUUUCGUGUUGACCGAAAGCUCAGCCAUCCUGAUAUACCUGAGUUCCAAGUACCAGGUGGCAGACCACUGGUAUCCAGCUGACCUGCAAGCCCGUGCCCGAGUCCAUGAGUAUCUAGGUUGGCAUACUGAUAACAUCCGUGGCAUCUUUGGAGUGCCCCUGUGGACCAAGGUGUUGGGGCCACUCAUUGGGACCCAGAUUCCAGAGGAGAAAGUAGAACGGAACCGAAAGAAUAUGUUCGAAUCUCUGCAGCGUCUGGAGGAAAAGUUCUUUGGGGAUGGGACCUUCCUUACUGGCUAUCAGGUGACGGUGGCUGAUCUCAUGUGUCUGGAGGAGCUGAUGCAGCCGGUGGCUCUUGGCUAUAAUCUGUUUGAGGGACGGCCACAAUUGACAGCAUGGCGAGCGCGGGUGGAGGCGUUCUUGGGUGCCAAUCUGUGUCAGCAGGCCCAUGGCCGUAUCCUGAGCAUCCAGGAACAGGCAGCCAAAAACGCACUACCUGUACCCUAUCCAGAGGUCCAGUCCAGAAUGAUGCUUCGAAUUGCUAGGAUUCCCUGAGUUCUAACUAACAAUAAAGCUUCAUGUUGUUUCUUG